ACAGCAGUAUCCCAGCACAUACUUGGAUUUCCUCACAGAUAGAGACGAGCGGACUCCUGAUCCAGGGGUGGACCGCCAUCCUCUCAAUAAGGAGCGCUACGGUGACACCGACGCCCACUGGCACGCACAAGAAAGCUAUCUUACACCCACCAACAGCAGCAACACACUCGUGGCUAUUGACAUGGACAAGUUCUGUCUCAAGCUGCCGUUUAAGUACGAUUUCGGAUUGUUGGUGCAACAGGUGAGUAGUCUCUGUAGUGAUAAAAUAUCAAUAGGGAUAUCAUUAUAA